AAAAAAAAACGGAAAAAACAUUUAACAAUCGUUACAAAAAAAUAUAUACAGACUUAUUUAGAAUCGGUAAUCAAGCCCUAAAAGGAAGCUCUGAUUCUAAUCAAACCCUAAGGAAAGCUUCACCACCUCCCUUGGUUGUUCUCACUCUCUUUCUCUACGACGCCGCGCGCUCUCUCUAGAAUUCUCGAUUGAUUCCUCUCCGAGAUAAGAAAAUAUCUUGACCUGGAUUUUGAUUUAUUCGGAAGAAUUUUUGAAACCGACUCUGUAAUUUGUCAAUGGGUCGGAAGAAGCCGAGUACUCGUGGUGGAGAAGAUGAGCAGCCACCCGCUGCUGCGUCAUCUCUCGUUGGUGCUACUAAAUCUAAGAAGAAGGCUGUUAAAAUCGAUGACGAUGAGUACUCCAUAGGUACUGAGCUCUCUGAGGAGCCUAGAGUUGAGGAAGAAGAUAAGGUUGUUGUUAUCACUGGGAAGAAGAAGGGUAAGAAAGGUAAUAAGAAGCAGCAGGACGACGACGAUGAGUUUCCUGUUGCCGAGGAAGACGAUGUUCCUGAGAUUGCUGCUUUUGUAGGGAAGAAGAAGUCCAAAGGUAAGAAGGGUGGUGGCGGCGCUGUUAGCUUUGCUUUGCUUGAUGAUGAAGAUGAUAAGGAGGAUAAUGAUUCUGAUGGUGACAAAGAUGAUGAGCCAGUUAUAAGUUUUACUGGUAAGAAAAAGAAAUCCUCCAAAUCUUCUAAGACGACCACUAAUUCAUUUAGCGCCGCUUUGCUUGAUGAAAACGAAGACGAAGAAGAGACAGUGGAAGACGAAGAGAGCCCUGAAAUCACGUUUUCAGGUAAGAAGAAAUCUUCUAAAAAGAAGGGCAGCAGUGUUUUACCCUCACUAGGUGAUGACUCAGUUGCAGACGAAACUAGCCAAGCUAAAACUUCUAAUACUAAGAGUGUGGAGGUUGUUGAAACUGGAAAGAGUAAGAAAAAGAAGAAGAAUAGUAAGAGUGGAAGGACAGUACAGGAAGAGGAUGAUUUGGACAAACUUCUUGCAGAACUUGGAGAAGCCCCUGCUGCUUCAUCCAAAGAAGAGAAAGUUCAAGCUCAGCCUGAGCCAGUUGCACCGGUAGAUAAUGCUGCUGAGAAGGAAGGAGAAGAAGAGACUGUUGAGAGUGCUGCAGCAAAGAAAAAGAAAAAGAAGAAGGAGAAAGAGAAGGAAAAAAAAGCCGCAGCUGCUGCCGCAGCAACCUCUUCUGUAGAGGCUAAGGAGGAAAGACCAGAAGAAUCAAUAACUGAGGAACAACAGCCGAAGAAGAAGGAUGCAAAGGGUAAAGCAGCAGAGAAGAAAAUUCCCAAACAUGUUAGAGAGAUGCAAGAGGCUCUUGCACGGCGGCAAGAAGCCGAAGAGCGAAAAAAGAAGGAAGAAGAAGAAAAAUUGAGAAAGGAGGAAGAGGAGCGCCGCAAGCAGGAAGAGCUUGAGGCGAAAGCUGAGGAGGCUAAGCGUAAGAGAAAGGAAAAGGAAAAGGAGAAACUGUUGAGGAAGAAGCAAGAGGGCAAGCUUCUAACUGCAAAGCAAAAGACUGAAGCUCAGAAGAGGGAGGCUUUUAAGAAUCAGCUCCUGGCUGCUGGUGGAGGUCUUCCUGUUGCAGAUAAUGAUGGUGAGGCUACUUCUUCAAAGCGUCCCAUUUAUGCCAACAAAAAAAAAUCAUCUCGGCAGAAAGGCAAUGACACUUCUAUUCACGUGGAAGAUGAGGUAGAACCAAAAGGGAAUCAUGCAGGUGAACCAGAUCCUUUAUGUGAAGUGGGUUCAGCAGACACUGAAAAGGUUGAUUUAAUAGAGUCAGCAAACACAGACGAGAAAUCAGAACCUGCUGAUGUAGCUCAGGAGAAUGAUAAUGGGGUUGAGGAAGAUGAUGAAGAAGAUGAGUGGGAUGCAAAAAGCUGGGAUACUGUUGAUCUUAACCUCAAAGGUGAUUUUGAUGAUGAAGAUGAAGAAGCCCAGCCUGUGGUUAAGAAAGAAUUAAAGGAUGCUGUAUCUAAGGCACAUGAUUCAGACCCUGAAACUGAAAAACCAAUGGAUUGCAUCAGAGGAACAAAUGUACAGGAAGGCGAGGCUGGAGGUAUUACUCAGCAGAUUGGUGCAACAUAUUUCCCUGCGGAAAACAUCCGAGAGAGGACCAGGGAACUGAAAGCUGAUGCAAGACUCAAAGUGCCAGGUCUAUUGGUUAUUGAUACACCUGGCCACGAGUCCUUCACGAAUCUGCGGUCAAGAGGUUCAAGUUUGUGUGACCUUGCAAUUUUGGUGGUUGAUAUAAAGUCUGGGUUAGAGCCACAGACCAUAGAAUCGCUAAAUCUUUUGAGAAUGAGGAAUACAGAGUUCAUUAUUGCAUUGAAUAAGGUGGAUAGGCUAUAUGGAUGGCAAAAAUGCAAGAAUGCUCCCAUCGUGAAAUCAAUGAAGCAACAACCUAAAGAUGUUAUAUAUGAAUUUAACGAGGAACUGAAAAAGGUUAAAAACCAGUUCCAGGAGCAAGGACUCAACACUGAGCUUUAUUACAAGAAUAAAGAAAUGGGAGAAACUUACAGUAUUGUUCCUACUAGUGCUCUUAGUGGGGAAGGGAUCCCAGAUCUCUUGCUGUUGUUGGUUCAAUGGGCUCAGAAAACAAUGGUUGAGAGACUUACAUAUAUCGACGAAGUGCAGUGUACUGUCCUGGAGGUCAAAGUUAUUGAAGGCCAUGGAACAACGAUUGAUGUUGUGUUGGUAAAUGGUGAACUCCAUGAAGGUGAUAAAAUCGUCGUUUGUGGGCUACAGGGACCUAUUGUCACAACGAUUAGAGCAUUACUGACUCCUCAUCCAAUGAAGGAGUUACGGGUGAAGGGUACUUAUCUGCAUUACAAAGAAAUAAAGGCUGCACAGGGUAUCAAGAUUACUGCCCAGGGCCUUGAACACGCAAUUGCUGGUACUGCCCUGCAUGUGGUUGGACCUGAUGAUGACAUCGAGGCAAUUAAGGAGUCUGCUAUGGAAGAUAUGGAGUCAGUUUUGAGUAGGAUUGACAUAGGUGGUGAAGGAGUCUAUGUCCAAGCGUCUACAUUAGGGUCAUUAGAAGCAUUGCUUGAGUACCUGAAGUCCCCAGCUGUAAAGAUACCAGUCAGUGGUAUUGGCAUUGGGCCUGUGCAUAAGAAGGAUAUAAUGAAGGCGGGAGUUAUGCUGGAGAGGAAAAAGGAAUAUGCUACGAUUUUGGCUUUUGACGUUAAAGUGACUACAGAGGCUAGUGAGCUUGCUGAGGAUAUGGGAGUUAAAAUUUUCUGCGCUGAUAUCAUCUAUCAUCUAUUCGAUCUAUAUAAGGCUUACAUUGAGAAAAUCAAAGAGGAGAAAAAGAAGGAAUCAGCCGAGGAAGCAGUCUUCCCUUGUGUCCUUCAGAUUUUACCUAACUGUGUGUUCAAUAAGAAAGACCCAAUAGUCCUUGGAGUUGAUGUCGUCGAGGGUAUACUUAAGAUUGGGACCCCCAUUUGUGUCCCAGGCAGAGAGUUCAUAGAUAUUGGCCGCAUUGCAUCUAUUGAGAACAACCACAAGCCUGUUGACUAUGCAAGGAAGGGCAACAAGGUGGCGAUAAAGAUUGUUGGUUCGAAUGCGGAAGAGCAGAAGAUGUUUGGAAGGCACUUUGACAUGGAAGAUGAACUUGUGAGUCACAUUUCGAGGAGAUCUAUUGACAUACUCAAAAAGGAUUACCGGGAUGAAUUAGAGUUUGAUGAGUGGAAGUUAGUUGUGAAACUGAAGAACAUCUUCAAGAUACAGUAGAUUCCCUGAGCUUCAAACACUCACACGCCUUGUUAUGCCGUGUCUGCGUCGAUGCAGAAGAAACAAAUUCAUCUGCCUGCUUCUAACCGAAGCAUUCACAGAAGAUAGAGAUUAAAGAGAGACAAAAGCGUGUUUUGUUUUUGCUUUUUUUUUUUCUUUUUCUUUUUAGGUCCUUCUCCCUGAGAAAGUGCUGAAUAAUUGGUUCAUCAACCUUCAUGCUGGCAAAAUUGCAGGGAAAGAAAAGCCUUUUGAGUCUUUGAGAUAUACAAAUAUCAUCAUCCUUAUAUGCCUUUUUGACUUCUUUCCAUUUUUGUUGACUAAGGAAAAGUAAUCCAAUAAAAACAUUUGUGUCUAA